AUGGGAAAAAUCACUUUCUUCUUCCUAUUUUUUACCCUCUUUUUGUCACAUUUUGUGGCUUCAAGCCUUGGAAAAAGGCAAAGUGAUGUUCUUGGCAAAUUUUACAAGGCUAAGCAAAAGAAACAUUCAUCCAUUGACAAGAGCCAGUUUAAGGCAGUCCUUAACCAUGUAAAUUUAGACAAAGUUAUUCUAUCUCAAGAGGUACAGAAAGAAAAAGAUUGGAUUAAGAAAUUGCCCGGACAACCACCAGUUAAAUUCCAACAAUAUGGUGGAUAUGUUACUGUCAAUGAAUCUGCUGGUCGUGCUUUGUAUUAUUACUUUACUGAAGCUGAGAAUUCUAAGUCAUUGCCUUUGCUUCUUUGGCUUAAUGGAG